GUACAAUAAGCAUGGCUGAUGAUAGAGAAAAUAAUCUGGAGUUCGUUCAAGAAAACAACAAAACGUAUAAUUUGCAUGAUUUGUUGUCUUCUGAUGCCAUGUUGAUUGGGAAGGGCAAUCUAGGAAAUACUUACAAGGUUUUCUUGAAGAUUGGUGAAGUUGUGGUUGUCAAGAGAUUGAGAGGACAAUUUGUUUAUGGAAUAAGCAAAGAAAAUCUUCAAGAACUAGGAGAAGUUUCUCAUGAAAAUUUGUUGCCUUUUAAAGCAUACAUGUUUUCAAAGCAUGAACACCUUCUUGUUUAUGAUUACAUGCCCUUUGGUAGUUUGUAUUCUCUUUUACAUGGAGGUAAAGGUAAUAUGGUUUUGGAUUGGGAAACUCGAAUGAAGGUUGCUUAUGGUGUAGCUCGUGGUAUCGAGCAUAUCCAUGGACGAGGUCGUGGUGUUUGUCAUGGAAACAUAAGAUCAUCGAAUGUAUUCUUAAAUGAAUCCUAUGUUGCCCAGAUAUCUGAAUUUGGAAUAUCUCAGUUAUUUAGUAAAGUGGGGUUGUCAUCUGAAUACUCUGCACCAGAAGUAGUCAAACGUGCAAACCAACAACGCGAUGUUUAUAGUUUCGGGGUUUUGGUUCUUGAACUUUGUACGGGUAAGGAUUUGGUUAGAGAAGAAGAGGGAUUUAGCCUUGCGAAAUGGGUGAGAUUGAUGUUCCAAGAAAAGGAAAUGAUAGAUGUUUUUGAUGAGAGGCUUCGUGUGUACAAGAAGGAAAAGAUUCGGGUGCAAAUGGUGCAAAUGUUAGAACUUGCGAUAUGUUGCACUUUUGAGAAUCCUAAGAAGAGACCGUUAAUUUCAGUAGUCGUUAAACGGAUAGAUGAGGUUUUGUGUCUCCGUACAUAUUGCUCCCAAAAAUCUCGAAAUGUUUUAAAUUUAAAUUAACAAUUUUAUACAUGA